GAAAAGGCAAGCCUCCGCUAUAUGCCAUUCUACUCGUCGGAAUCCAAGAUGCUUAACAUAUCUCUCGAAGGACAAGUCGGCAUCGUCACUGGUGCCGGUUCUGCUUAUGGUAUAGGACGAUCCAUGGUAAUAGCUGCUGCACAGGCUGGCGCAGCUGCGGUCUACGCGUGUGAUCUUAACCUCAGCUACAUGGAUGACCUGAAGGAGGAUGUGAAAGAGAUGGGCCAUGGCACUAUCAUCGAGGGGCACUUUCUAGAUGUCUCAAAUGAGGAACAGACUGUGGCGCUCUUGAGAAAGGUUCUCAGAAACCAUGGCCGUGUCGACUUCUUUUUCGCCAAUGCUGGUUAUGCCGUCUACCGGCCGCUACAAGACCUAAGCGUGGACCACUUCAACCGUGCUGUAGACGUGAUGCAGCGCGGCUGCUUUCUAGCUCUCAAGUACGGGUCCCAAGCCAUGAGCGUAACGUCACCAGACAAGGCCGAGGCGAAGGGCAACAUCAUCAUUACAUCGUCAUGCGCAGCCUUUGCAGGCGCCUACGCCGACGCAGCGUACACUGCAGUGAAAAACGCGUGCAACGGACUAGUAGAGAGCGGUUCAGUUCAGCUGGCAGCGAGCAACAUUCGAGUCAACGGCAUAGCACCAGGAUGCACCAACUCCAGCAUCUUGACAAGCUCGAAGCUUUCCGAGAAGGGCGAUCAGUACACUACUUCAGCUACCAAAGAAGAAAUCGCGGCUACUCAUGCCAAGUUCUUUGAGCGUGGCGGAUUGUAUAAGCAGAAGGAGAAGUUUUACAACCGUGCCGCGGAUCCAUCCGAGAUUGCUAACCUGGCGUGCUUCUUGGCUUCUGAUCUGGCGCUGGCAAUCAAUGGGCAGAUUAUUCUUGCUGAUAGUGGCAAGACUACAGCUGCGACGGGAGAGGGCUUCACAGGAGCGGUAAACCCAGUGCCAGAACUGUCCAUGUCUUGAAUACAAGACUGAUGGACGGAUAAAGUUAUUAUAGUCAAGAUAUAUUUUACCUGCUCAAUGCUGAACAACCGAUAGCAUGCUAACGUUGAACAAUAUGACAUUGAAGCCAAGUGCUCU